AUGCAAUCCCAAAUUAACAAAACUUCGAUCCUAGCCUAAGUUAAGAAAUGCCACAAGAACAUUUCUAAACUUAAUGAUAAAUUAGAUAUUCUUGAGACCCUUAUGAAAAAAUAAAAUUAGAAUAUUGAAAAAAAUACAGAUGUUAUCAAAUCUAGAGCAAUCAAGAAUCCUGUAGUCAUAAUUAACGAUGAAACUAGUGUUGAAGUCGUUAUCAAUGAAGACGAUCCUUAAUAACAACAAGUAGCUGAUUUAAAAUAGACUGCUCGCAAAUUAAUAUCACGAUUUUAUUUUCAUAUCAAAUAAAAAAUGAAGCGGGGUUCUAUAAAUUAAAUUUAAGCAUUAAAGUAAUUUUGUGGUAAAUAGUACAUCAAUGACCUGUAUUAGAAGCUUCACUAAGGAUUAUUGAAAUUGUAUUUUGAAAAUGAUUAAAAAUGUAAAGAAUGCCAUCAAACAAUUUUGGAUUAGUAAAUAUGCCUUAAUCAUAUCAGAAAUGAGCAUUUGACUGAUCUUAAAAUAUAUAUCUGUAUUAAAUGUAAGUUGUCUUUCUCUAAAGGAGAUUAAUUAGAUAAGCAUAUUUAAAAAGAACAUAAUUAAUAAUAAGUUGUAUUAUAAAAUCAGAGAGAACUUCAAGUUGAUGACAAUUAAUAAUAAAAAAUACAAUAAAGUUAUGGAAAUUAUGUACAACAUAAGUUUAAUUAAAAGUUGGAUUUGAAUAAGAUUGUUUAAAAUAUCUAGCCAUAACCUAUUCUUAAGAAAGUAUUAGUACCUUAUUAAAUUAAUAAUAACAGUUAAAGAUCUUCACCUGAUGAAGCUAAAUAAUGCUUGCCUGUAUUUAAUUAGGUUUAUAUACCAGUGGAAUUAUAUGCAGGAAAUUCAGAAGAGAACCAAGAAGAAAAACAAAAUAUUAGUUUCAAUACUAACAAAAAGCCAUCCAAACUUAAAAUUAAAUUCAUAUAAGUAUAAAAAAAUGAGAAAACAUAAACAAAUUGA